GUGAAGUCGGAGCUCGCGCUGGGUCCUGUUGCCACAGCAACCACGGAGGAGAAAUCUGUGCAGCUUCUAAUGCUGUAUCAUUACCGCAAUGAGGGGGAUGUAGCAGUUGUGGUCGGACAGAUGGGACCUCAAGAUUGACUGUGACUCACCACAAAAAUCCCAACGCGACGGGAAGGGAAAAUGUAGCGGGAAUAGACAUCGGACAAAAGUGUCACAUCGGACCUUCGGGGAAUAGGCGAUGCCCGUUUUCGACCCGCAAUUAAGCCUUAAAGGACGGAUCAAAAGAACUUUAAGGACAAUACAUGCAUUGAUUGGUGAAGAUCACAAUCCAGUUUUGCCCAACGGCUUGACGGCUCUGCUAUGGAAUAUUUUGAACCUCCUUUAUUUCCGUUUAGCCUCUUCAGUUUUGUCUUUCUCUAAACUAACCAGGAGAGACUCAAGUAUGUCCACAAGUUUGAACGCAGAGGCAAAUUUAGCAUGCAGUAAAUUUCUCUAUUUCUUCAGCCUGUCAUAAAUAGAUUUUAUGGAUAUAAGUCCUUUCGGUGAAAAAUUAUAACGCAAGGGCCAUCAAGGACGGUGCUCAGGUGCAGCUCUUGAAGCGUACUUAAAUUUGUCCGAUUUGAAUAUUUGCACCUGCUACCAGGCUCUUCCGAUCCUUCCUCACUGUCAGUGCCCAUAAAUCUCUCAGGAUGAGCCAGAAGUCUGACUCGGAGACUGAGGGCUACCAGGCACCGCUAAUUUACACAGCUGAGGAACUGGAAUGUAAGAUCUGCUACAACCGCUUUGACACGUAUGUCCGUAAACCCAAGGUGCUUAGCUGCCGGCACCGCGUCUGUGCCAAAUGUCUGAAAAAGAUGGUCGAGCUGGACUCUUCUCCCAGCAUCAUCAGCUGCCCAUUCUGUCGCCAUGAGACACACGUCCCUGAUGAGGAGAUCUGGCUGCUUCAAGAUGACAGCAACAUCUUGGCCAUUCUCACUUACCAGGACCGGGCACGUAAAGGUGGAACCGUGACGAGUGGUGAGGUCCUUUUGACACCCAACAGUCUAAGUGGAGGAAUUAGAGGGGAGCAAGCUCAUAGUUCCUCCGACUGCCUUGUCAUCACCAUCAUGGAAGUACCUGGAGAGUCGCAAUCCUCGGAUUCAAUGAGCAUGCUGAACAUGAUGCGCUUGUAUCGGCCGGCUAGCCUGGACUCUUUGCCUUGCCACCUGCCUGUGCAGAAGUGCCGGGCGUGGACAUCCCGCUCAGUCCCUCGAUUUCUGAUGGGUGUACUCUGCUUGGUCUACUUCAGCUCGUUGCCACUUGGGAUCUACUUGCUGAUGAUCCAGCAGCUCACGAUGGGAGUGAUCCUGGUCAGCCUGGUGCCCUCCACGCUGGUCCUUUGUGUAUUUUACGGCUUCUGCCAGUGUCUGUGCCAUGAGAUUAUGGAGGCUAUCGCCACAUAGUACCCCGUGGUCUUUCAAGUUGAUCUCUGGACAAUGUGGACUUGCCAGAUCUGUGAAGAAUGAAGACCAAAUGUCAAAUCAGCAAGCAGAUACCCUAUCUUCAAUUACACCAGCAUUUACUAGUGAACUCCUUGUAAAUCACCUCACAUCAUAUGCAGUGAACACUAUCCUUGACUUGAUUACCAGUGCAAGCUGGAGGUAUCAGAUUGCUGUGGUUUUUAUUGUAUCCAGCUCACCCAAUAAGUCUUCAAAAACCGUGAUAUAAAUAACACAUAAAAUGGAAUAAAUUCCCACCACCCAUUAUCCUGGAAACCACAAGAUGUGUUCAAUAAUACUAGAUAAAAUUGUUCAAUAUUUUAGUUACCUUUAUGCAUAUCUGUGGAGUAAUUUCAACCAUUGUCUCAAUGUGUUCAUUGACGGUUCUACUUGUAGUUGCCUUUGUAAGGCAUGGCAAUGGUCAAGCUCUAAUGUAUAUGUAAAAAAAAAAAAAAAAAAGAGAAUGAGUUUGUCAUUGCUUUGAGAAUGGACAAAUACUGUAAAACCACCUGUUAGAUAUUCAAUAAAGAUUCUA